AUGGCGGACGAAUUGUCGGUGCGCGUGACACACCGGGGUCGGGAGUACGUCGUGCGCGUGCCCGCAGAUGCCUCGGUGGCAGACCUUGGGAUCGAGUUGGAGAGAGCCACCGGUGCGAGCGUCGCGACGCAGAAGGUCCUUGGCCUAAAGCUGGCCAAGUUCUUGAAGGGUGGCACGCUGACGCCCUCGAGGGCGGAGGACGCCGCGUUGGCGGUGAACGCCGUCCCCGGACUUUGCGACAGCAUCAAGCCAUAUAUGCUGAUGGGCUCGGCUGCUUCAGAAGUCGCCGCUCUCGAUGCAGCCGCGCAGGUGGACCAUCGCGUCCGGGGCUUCGUGCAGGAAGAUCUAAGAAACCGUCGAAGGCGGAGGGGACACGUCUCGAGGACCGCGGGCGGAGGUAGGUCAAGCGACGUCGGUCCUCCGUCAACCGCCACUCACCCUUACACGUUCCUCGAGUACCGCGCGCUUCCUGUGCCGGAGUUCGUCAAUCCACCAGCGUCCGCCGCGCUCAAGCUGCUCCACAGGCUCGCGGCGGAUCCGGGCAUCCUCGGGGUCAUGGCCAAGCACAAAUGGACGGUGCCUCUGCUGGCCGAGAUGCCGCCGGAGGGCAAGGUUGGCGUGAGCGAGUCGUGCGUGCUGGGUUACAACGUCAACAUGGGGCAGGAGAUCCACCUACGCCUGCGGACGGACGAUAUGCGGGGAUUCAGGGUCUACGCCCGGAUACGCGAAACCCUUUUGCACGAGCUCACACACAACGUUCACGGUCCCCACGACAUCAACUUCAAGAGGCUGUGCUCGCAGCUGAACGUCGAGUGCAGGGAGUUCGACUGGAAGCGUAACGGGGCGGGCGCGCAGAAACUUGGAGGCACGGCGGACGAGUCCGACGAGGAGACGUGGUCCGAGGAUGAGGCGAUGGCUGCGACGCGUGCGUCAAGCGGUCAGGCGCUGGGCGGAGGUGGUUGGGUACGGGCGAACCUGUCGCCGGCUGAAGCCGCAGCCGCAGCCGCAGCCGCGAGGGCGGCGGACGCGGCUGAGCGAGAGAUGGAAACGAUGGCUCGGGACGCGCUGGACAGGGCGGACGCGGGAAUGGCGUGCCUGUGCGGCGCGUGCGGUGCCGGACCGUUCAAGUUACCACCGCCCUGCUCCACGGAUCAGGACGCUUAG